UAAAAUUCUCCGUCUGGUGCGCUUACUUGCCAGUUAUGAGGAGUGUGUCCAGAGGAAUUAAAAGACAACUUAAGAGUGGAAAUUUUUUUGCUUCACCCUUGUUUUCAGACAGCUGCAAGAAUGGAUUAAAUUCCAGUUAGCCCUGUUCUCAUAAAGCGGUAAUCUGCAUACAGAAGGUGGUAUGCAGCAUGUGGAAGAUGACUUGUAAAAAUACUCAAAACGAAUCUGCUUAUUCCCCUACAUUACCAGGAAAUAUCACAUGUGGAUCCUAUUGAGUUUGCCAUAAUUCCUUCCAUCCUGAGAGUGUGGAACUUGUGAAUGAAAAUGCCAGUCCUUAAGAACGGUCCUACAACAUUAAAGACAGCAAGGGUAAAUGGGGAGCUGAAACAGAGCAGAGAGGUGAUAAUGGAUAGCCUCAUUGAGGAAAGCAACCCGUUCCAUGAUAGUAUGGAUGAGAGUGAAAGCAAUCCCUUCCAUGAGAGCAUAUGUUUAAAUGACAGAAAUCCGUUUGUGCAUGAUGAGAACGGCAUUAACGAGGAGCUGUUGAAUGGAAGUCUGGAAGGGCACCCACGCAAGUAUGGCACCCUAGAGAGGUUAGCAGGACUUUCACCAUUAAAGAUGCUCAACAAAGGAAAAAAGGUUUUUGGAAGAGAAAAAGUGCCAAAUGGAGAUAAAAAUGUAGACAGGAAAUCUUUCUUUGGCUCUCUCAGCAGGAAAUCCUUUCUGUUUGAAGAUGAUGGAAGCCUUAAGAGUUCAGAAAAGAAGAAAACAAGAAGGAGCUCAGAAGACUUCAGUUUGCUCCUGAAAUUUAAUUCAAAGAGGAAAGAAAGCCUCACUAGCCUUGACUCAACAACAUCAGAAAGAGACCUAGGAGACAGUGACUCAAAGAAACGAUUGUCUUUCCUGAAGCUACCACGCACAGGAAAGGGAAAGCGAGAAUCUGUGGCUGAAAGGACAGAGCCUGAGACAGUAGAAGAUGUGAAAGACAUUGAAACAGUGGUUAAAGUAAAGGAACCCUUGUCAGUAUUAGAAAUCCAGAAUCUGAUCCUCUGUCGAGACUUAGUAAUGGCAGACAAACACAUGAUCGAGCUAGAGGAAGAAUGUGGAGUAAACACUCAGAAAAGUCCAAAUGGGUCGGAUGAAUGCAGACAUGAUGAUGAGCGCAAGGCUAAAGAUGUCUGCCUUCUUUACCAGUCACUUUCAAAGGAACUCUGGUCAGUUGUGAAGGAGUCUCUGAGUAAUGCAAAGCCAUACCCAGCCCUUGAACUGGUGGUACAAGUCAUUGAACAGGAAGAGGAAACGGACAAAAUGUAUCUGGCUAGAGUAAAGGAUUCUGGGCAUUGUAUGCCUAUUGCCAGACCAAGGCAAUUCAAAACAAAAUGGGUGGAAGCUGUGAACGGUUCUGUAAAUGAAAGACUAAACCUUUGUAAUGAUGAAAAAAAUGGUCCAAUCAAUAGUUACAUGGACAAACUUCGGAAACGCAUUAUUGAGGAUAUGAAUAAUGUGAAAACUUACAUUGUUAAAUACUACCCUAAGGAUUACAAUGUUUACCAUGUCUAUGUCAAAAGUUACCAUCAAGGAAUUUCCAGUCGAUUUAUGGAAAUCACUAGUAGAACUCUGGAAAUUAAUGACCUGUAUGUAGUUCUUGACUGGCACAAUAAUAUUUACAGUAGAGAGGUGCUGAGGCACUUAGCUCUAGAUCCUCUAAUGGGAAUCAAGGAAAUCGAUCCACUUCUGCCACGAACAGUAGCAGACAACCUGGAAGAAAACUGUUUCUUUAUGGUUCAGGAAAUAAUCACUGAAGACAUGAAGCAAGAAUUAGAUAAAGAAGAACAGAGAUGGAAAGGAAGUUCAACAAUAGAGGAAUUUGAAUCCAUAUUUCCUACCAAAGUUAUCAAAACACUGAGAACUCAUGUUGAUAAAGCUGUCUCUAUUGCAAAACCACUGGGAAUGAAAAUUGCACUCGGAUGCCUUAGCAGCCUAACUGACUUCCUGCAAUGGUACCAGAAAAAAGUUGAGUUAUUACACGAAAGUUUAAGAGAAGAGUCAGAUAUAACAUCUGACAUGUCUGUCGCCAAGAUAAUAACUACAGUCAAUUGUUGUCCUCCGUUCAGGGACUAUGUGGAACACCUAGCCAGUUUUAAUCCUACCCAAAGUGAAGAAUUAAGAAAGUGUGCAACUGCUUCCCUUGAUAAAGUUGUGAAUCUUGGAAACCAAGAAUUAAUCAGCCAGUUAUUUGAAGAUCUGAAGCCCUUAUUCAAUAAGCUGAUGAGAAGAAAAUGGCUAAACAGCUACGAUGCUUGCAAUGAAAUGAAGUCAACAAUUAAGGACCACUUUGACCGGUUCAGAAAAAUGAAGAAAAUCCCUUAUCAGAACUUGGUAAAUGAAAUCCACCGAAAGUUCAUAAUUGAAUACAUCAAACCACUUGUAGAGGUACGAAUUAUCUGUUCUUCUUCAAAGAUGCGGAAGAAAAUAUCGAACAAACUAAUAGAAGAAUCUAAACAGUUUAAAGUUCUCUUUGGAAGUCUGGAAACCACAUCAGCUUGGUUGAACCCUGCUAUACCCCAUCUGGCAGAAAUCAUCAUGCUGAAGGACACAGCUUCAAUCCAAAUGGAGGUGGGCGUCUUAAUUCGAGACUUCCCAGAUGUUCAUAAGAAGCAUGUAUCUGCUGUCCUGGAUGUGCGAGGUGAAACAGAUCAAGCUGUUCGACAGGAGAUACUCAACAUCAUCAAAGAUUAUGAGCACAGUGGCAGUCAAAGUGAUCUGUCCCGGGACCGGGCACUCUUUGCUGAUAUACCAAGAACAAAUGAAGUUCGGUGUAUCAAUGUGUACUCUAACAGAGUGUACCAGUCUCUACUUAACUGUUUCUCCGUGGCUUUCAGGAGGUGCAGGAUACAUCAUGGUGAUGGCAUAGAUGAAGAUCUCCUCUAACAACUACCUACUUAAUUCACGUUAUCAUUGUCACUUUAAUUGCAACAGAUGACAAAUCUCAAGUUGAGUAAAUUUCCAGUGACUUCCUCAAAAUCAGCUGUACUGGUUUACUUGCGCAAUCCUCUAUGGCAAGAAUCAUAAUGCCCUAAAAAAGAAGAUAUUGUCAGAUGUGUCAUUCAUGACGGAUAUUUACCCAUACCGUGUUCUUUCUUCAGGUCAAAUCAUUGUCACAAGGAAGAAAAGAAUGCUACCUGAUGGCUGUUCAAAUAAGCAAGUAGAAGGAAGAUUAAUGCAAAGUAUUUUGUAAUGAAAUGCCACAAUGUCACUGUAGUAUGUUCAUCUUGUUUUGUGAUGUAACAGAGUAUGCAAGUGAGAUGAAUUACUGCCAGAAAUAUUACACCUUCCAGAAUAGCUCGAGUGAUAUUUAAAUAAAAAUAUGCACAAAUAAAAGAAAUGUGUGUCAUCAGAAACUUUUCACUAAACCAGAGCCUUUCAACAAACUUUAAAGAGAAAAGAACACAUGUUCAUUCAUGUAAAUUCUUUCUGAGACAGAGACUAAUUGCAUGCUGUUGCAGACUUGAUAACUAUAACUGUGGGUACUGUUGAAAUACUGCACUUUCUUGAUUCAGCCCCUCGGCCUUUGUGCUUUGGAGGCUUUAUAUAUUUAGUCCUUUCCCUACUGUUGUUUUAACUUAUUUUUUCUGGAAAGCGUAAUUGUAUUAUUUUACUGUAUUAUAUGAUAUCAGCAUUUUAUUUAAUGGUAUGUACUUAUAUUUCAUUUGUUUUUUUUUUUUCUCUGUUUAAAAUUCAUGAUUUAUUUAAGCAAUUUAGCCAUUGUAAAAUGUGUGUUUAUUUAUGUAAAUUCUUUCAGCUUAAAUGUAUUGUGUUUAAAAUGUAAAGUAUGAAGUCUUAGUUUUCUUUCUGUAUCAAAUCAAAGACAAGUGUUUGAUAAAUGUGUGUGAGUCACAACUGCAUGCCCCUUGCUGUGGAUUAAUGUCAUGGUAAGAUACUGGCUGGACAUUCCUGAUUCAGAAGGUUCUUGAACUCCACACACUGCAGGCCAUUUCUGCUGCUACUACAGUACAUUGUUAAUACGUGAAGCAGUGGCGGGUUUCAGUUCAUGGAAAAAGCCGCUGACUUUUGAGAAGUGUGCAGACUGUAUUAGAACAGCAUGAGUAAAAAACAGGCAACAGGAUGACUCAACUGCGAGCAGUGUGAGAUGCUUCUCCGGCGAUACAGUGGUCACACAUCUCCCCAAGUCCCUCACAUACUUUUACUGCCACCAGUUAGGACCAUGACUUAACCUCUGCCCACCCUGAUAGUGAUUGAUUGGAAAAAACAGUUACUUAUCCCUUGUUCCCACUCAUCAUUCCCAUCUCAACAGCAAUCAGAAUCUCUAGUCUAUUGCAGCCUUAUCUAUAGUAUUUACAGCCAAACAAACAGGCCUGUAUCCUCACCAUCCUUAAUGUAAAUGGUGCUAAGUGUAAAAGAUUUUAAAGAGACUGGUAGAAAUCAGUACCCUUGAGAUUUUUACGCUCUGGCUGUUUGCAGCCCUUGUGUCCCAUCAGGUCCACCCAUAGAACCAAAGAUUAGUUUGUCCCAACAAUGGGUUGGCAGAUGGUUUGUCUGUCUGUCAAUAGUAUGAUCAUUAUCUCCCCUUCUACCCCUACUCUUACAACUUAGUUGUGUUCUUAUCCCCAAUUUAUAAGAGCCAUUGCUGUCCCAGGAAACAUAUGGUAUGUCAACAGGUGUUCUCCUCUUUACCCUGUUGUUUAUGCUCACUGUUCUGUCUCUUGAACUUCCAUUGAUGCAGGCCCACAGAGCCCUGCAUUCUGCACUACAUGUGAUAAUGUGGUGACUAAAUAUAAGAAAUGAUUCUUAACUGUAUCGUUUCAGGUUGAUUUGUCAACAUACAGUAGUGACAGCACCAUUACAUAUUGUAACAUCUUGCAACCCCAUCCCCACCCUUACACAGCUACCUGCUUCUUUCUCUUCUUCCAGGCUAGCAGUACUGUGACUGAUUAUGUGGUAAGCCUUGGCAUGCCUACAGGCAGGAUUCAUGACUCACAGAUAUUGAAUUCUUACUCUCCUGUGCCAAAAGGCCCAUGAUUCAUUUAAAACAGUAACUGAACACAUGAAUACAGCAUGCAUCUUAAAUAAAUGGGUCUUUGUAUACAACCAA